CUGAUAAUAAAGCAUGAGGAAACAAUCAAAAGAGUACAAAAAUAUUGAACCGGCUUCUAAAUAAUGAAGCACACCUCCGAUGACCAAGUUUCAUUAUAUAAACAGACUAUUUUGCAUGCAGAUAACACAAACCAUCUCUUCUUAAACAUAUAUCUUAUCCCUAAUCAAAAACAAAAAAUUAAACAUCGUCUCUAUUGAAGAAAUAAUUAGCCACCGGUGAGACUUUUCCGGUGAAAUACAAUGACAACUCCGGCAUGGAGUCAUGCCGGCGGGAGUCACUUAGUAGUUGGUGUUUUGGCACUACUCGUGGGUUUGACCUUGGCAACGGAACCUUAUUACUAUACUUCUCCUCCACCACCCUAUGUAUACAAAUCUCCGCCACCUCCAGUGAAAUCUCCUCCUCCUCCGUAUGAAUAUAAAUCUCCUCCUCCUCCGGUAAAGUCUCCUCCACCUCCAUAUUAUUACCACUCACCGCCUCCUCCCGUGAAGUCUCCUCCUCCACCUUAUUAUUACCAUUCACCUCCUCCUCCGGUUAAAUCUCCAUCACCACCGUACUACUACCAUUCUCCACCUCCUCCGGUCAAAUCUCCACCACCACCGUACUAUUACCACUCUCCUCCUCCUCCGGUCAAAUCACCACCACCUCCCUACUACUACCAUUCUCCUCCUCCUCCGGUGAAGUCCCCACCACCACCGUACUACUACCAUUCUCCACCUCCACCGAUGAAGUCUCCACCCCCACCAUACUACUACCAUUCACCUCCUCCUCCGGUGAAGUCUCCUCCUCCACCAUACUACUAUCAUUCACCGCCUCCUCCCGUGAAAUCUCCUCCUCCACCAUACUAUUAUCACUCUCCACCUCCACCGGUGAAGUCUCCUCCACCACCAUAUUAUUAUCAUUCACCGCCUCCUCCAGUGAAAUCUCCACCACCACCAUACUACUACCAUUCUCCUCCUCCUCCCGUAAAAUCUCCUCCUCCUCCUUACUAUUACAACUCCCCACCUCCUCCGGUGAAAUCUCCACCACCUCCUUACUACUAUAAGUCGCCUCCUCCUCCGGUGAAAUCUCCACCACCACCAUACUAUUACCAAUCACCUCCACCACCACCAAAAACCUACUCUCCACCUUACUACUACUCAUCUCCACCACCACCACCAAAAUCAUACUCGCCACCUUACUACUACACAUCCCCACCACCGCCGGUAUCAUACCCUCAUCCUCACCCCAAACCACUCGUAUUCAAAGUCGUUGGUAAAGUUUAUUGCUAUCGAUGCUACGACUGGACUUACCCCAAAAAGUCCCACGACAAGAAGCAUCUCAAAGGCGCUGUCGUGGAGGUGACGUGUAAGGCAGGGGAUAAAACGGUCAAAGCGUACGGAAAGACAAAGAUCAACGGUAAGUACGCAAUCACCGUGGAAGGAUACAACUACCGCAAGUACGGCGGCGAGGUGUGCACGGCCAAACUACACGCGCCGCCAAAGGGAUCACCGUGUAAUAUUCCGACAAGUUACCAUUUAGGUAACAAAGGAGCUAAACUUCAUGUGAAAUCAAAGACAAAGUACGAGGUUGUGCUUUACGCUAAGUCUUUUGCUUAUGCGUCUAAGAAGCCUUAUGAAGAAUGCCACAAACCAGCUCCUUACCACUCACCUUACUACUACAAUUCUCCGCCACCUCCAACCCCGGUUUACUACUACAAAUCGCCGCCACCUCCAGCCCCAACUUACGUCUACAAGUCGCCGCCCCCACCUACCCCGACCUACGUUUACAAAUCUCCACCACCGCCUACUCCAACUUACGUUUACAAGUCACCACCACCACCAACCCCAAAGUAUGUCUACAAAUCACCACCACCGCCUACUCCAACUUAUGUUUACAAGUCUCCACCACCACCAAUACACCAUCCUUCGCCGUAUUACUACCAGUCACCUCCACCACCGGUGAAGUCUCCUCCACCUCCAUACUACUACCACUCUCCUCCACCACCAGUCAAAUCUCCACCACCACCGUACUAUUACCACUCUCCUCCUCCUCCGGUCAAAUCACCACCACCUCCCUACUACUACCAUUCUCCUCCUCCACCGGUGAAGUCCCCACCACCACCGUACUACUAUCAUUCUCCACCUCCACCGGUAAAGUCUCCACCACCACCAUACUACUACCACUCUCCACCUCCUCCGGUGAAGUCUCCUCCUCCACCGUACUACUAUCAUUCACCGCCUCCUCCCGUGAAAUCUCCUCCUCCACCAUACUAUUAUCACUCUCCACCUCCUCCAGUGAAGUCUCCCCCUCCUCCUUACUAUUAUCACUCACCACCCCCACCAGUGAAGUCUCCCCCACCACCGUACUAUUAUCAUUCUCCUCCUCCUCCAGUGAAAUCACCUCCCCCUCCUUACUACUAUCAGUCACCACCACCACCGGUCAAAUCUCCCCCACCACCGUACUACUAUCAUUCGCCACCUCCUCCCGUGAAAUCUCCUCCACCACCAUACUACUACCACUCUCCACCACCACCUGUCAAAUCUCCUCCACCAUCAUACUACUACCACUCACCGCCACCACCAGUCAAAUCUCCACCACCACCGUACCAUUACAACUCUCCUCCUCCUCCCGUAAAAUCUCCUCCUCCUCCAGUCUACAUCUACGCUUCUCCCCCACCUCCCAUCCAUUACUAGACUCAUUAAGUUCAUCCAAAUUUCCCCAUUAUUCAAGUUUUCUACUAAGAAAUGAAAUAAAGAAAAGGUGUAAGAGGAGAUCAAGAGGUGAACCAAAUAAGGAUCGUCACAUUUCACUCAACGACUACGAUUUUCCAAAGACGAACCACUUCACUUUCACUUCAAUAGGGCUACUCAUCUCUUUUCACGUUUUCAUUGUAGCUUCCACAAUUCGGAUUGCCAAAACUGGAUCGUAAUUUAUUUGUUGUGCAUAGAAUUUUAUUUUGUAUAAAUCCACCCGUUAUGAAAUGAAAAUUGUUUGCAAUUAAGUCACGUUUCUAAUUUUCCUUCAAAUUUCUGGAAGUUGUUUAUAUAUACCGAAGAUGAGUGAUAGUGAUCGAUUAAAU